AUGGGGGGCGCUGUUGAACCGGAGUGGCGGGAGGCUUCGCUUCAGAAGAUGGACGACGGCUUCCGGAGUAAGAAGGACCGAGCUGUGUCAAGGAUGUCUGAAAAGCCAAACCAGCCGAGGGUGAGAGAGGCAAGGGAGAAGCGCCAGUCAAAGGAGAAGCCGUUGCAAGAGAAUACCAUUUCCAGAGGCCUCAAAGAUGCAACGGACUUCUCUACCUGCAAUGGCCACAACAGCGUUCCUUCUCAGAGUGUAGAGCCGAGGGCAAAAAAAAUCAAGCUGGAAACUGAAGAAGAGACGUGUGUGACUUCAGAGGACAACAAUGCUGUGCCAGGGCAGCAAGCCAAGAAAGUGUCAGUCUGUUCCAAAUUGGACACUGAUGCCCCGUCUGGUCCAGAGCAGAAUUUUAAAGCCAUCACAGAGGAAACAAAGACUGAAAAGAAGAAGGAGAAACGACUGAAAAAGACUGGAAAGGAAGGGAGGAAAUUUCAAGCGAAGGCUGAGCUGGAUUCUGGUCGCGAGGAAGAGAAGGGGUUGCCGGACCGAGAGAGUGAGAGUGAAGAGAUGGCCAGAUCGGUCCUGGAGGAGGAAGAGGAGGGAGUUGGGAGGAUGCUGGGGAUACCCUCCAAGGUAGGCUCUCAAGGAAAAGAUGACCAGGAGUCGAAGGAAAAAAAGCCCAAGAAAAGGAAGAAGAGCAAAGUGGAAGUGGCAGAGGAGGGUGAGAGCAGAAGAGGCGGAAAGAAGGCUGAGAAGGGGUCCCGGAAGAGGAAAGCCAAAGACGGGGGCAAAGGUGGGAAGAAGAAGAGGCCGAAGAAGGAGGAGAGGGAACCAGGGAAGAGCGACGUGGAGGAGGGGAAGUGGAAGUGGUGGGAAGAGGAGCAAAGGGAUGAUGGCGUCAAGUGGCAGCAACUGCAGCACAACGGGCCCUGCUUCGCUCCUCCUUACGAGCCGCUGCCUGAUGACGUCUGCUUCUAUUACAACGGAAAGCCCAUGAAACUCAGUUUGGCUGCGGAAGAAAUUGCCACGUUCUAUGCCAAGAUGCUGGCUCAUGACUACACGGGGAAGGAGAUCUUCCAGAACAACUUCUUCAAUGACUGGACGAAGGAGAUGACCUCGGAAGAGAGGAAGAAGAUCAGAGAGCUGGGGAAGUGCAAUUUUGAAGAGAUCCAUAAGUAUUUUGUGGAGAAGCAGGAGGCCCGGAAAGCCCUGCCCAAGGAGGAGAAACAGAAAUUGAAAGAGGAGGCGGAGAGGAUCCAGGAGAAAUACGGCUACUGCAUCAUCGAUGGGCACCGGGAGAAGAUCGGAAACUUCAAAACCGAACCCCCAGGUCUCUUCCGGGGGCGCGGGGACCACCCUAAGAUGGGGAUGCUCAAGAAAAGGGUCAUGCCGGAAGACAUAAUAAUCAACUGCAGUAGAGACUCAGCGGUCCCGCGGCCGCCUCCGGGGCACAAGUGGAAGGAAGUCCGGUGUGACAAUACCGUCACCUGGCUGGCAUCAUGGACGGAGAACAUCCAGGGGUCCAUCAAAUACGUGAUGCUGAACCCCAGCUCCAAGCUGAAGGGGGAGAAGGACUGGCAGAAAUAUGAAGUGGCUCGCCGACUGAAAGGGGUGGUGAGCCAGAUCCGAUCUCAGUACCGUGCAGACUGGAAGUCCAAAGAGAUGAAGAAACGGCAGCGGUCUGUGGCGCUUUACUUCAUUGAUAAGGUGAGGGCUGAUUGGCUAAUCUUUGAGGCUGGGCCAGCCUGCCCAGCUUUGCUCUGCAGUGUCCUGACGGUGAUUCUUCCUCGGCGGUUUUAUGCAUUGCACGAAAGGGCAAAGAUUCCUCAGCCCAGGUGGGAAGAGGAGCAAAGGGAUGAUGGCGUCAAGUGGCAGCAACUGCAGCACAACGGGCCCUGCUUCGCUCCUCCUUACGAGCCGCUGCCCGAUGACGUCUGCUUCUAUUACAACGGUUGGUGUGUGUUUGUUGAAAUGGGCACUGUGCUAGCAACGGACCAAGAGGGUAUCUUGACCGCCAAGGGCUCUCGAGCUUGUAGGGAGAGGUUUUACUGA